AUGGCUCUCACCGGCCGCGUCGCCACCACCGCAGCGUGCAUCCUCGUCCUCCUCGCGCUCGCCGACGCCGCGGGGGCGGCCACCCGGGCGCCGGCGCCCGCGCCGGCGCAGGACUGCACGGAGGCGUUGACUAGCCUCGCAGACUGCCUCGACUAUGUGUUGCCCGACAGCAAGUCGGCCCGGCCUACCAAGGCCUGCUGCACGGAGGUGAAGACCGCCGUCGGCACCCCCGCCACCGUGAAGUGCCUCUGCGCUGCCAUGGACGCCAAGACAACUCCGAUACCGAUCAACAUGACACGCGUGCUCGCCCUCCCCACCGCCUGCGGCCAAUCCGCCUCUGUCUUGAGCAAGUGCCACGGUGAGCACCCUGCGGCUCCUGCUGAAGCACCGGCGCCUUCAGCAUCCAGUGGCGGCGCGACCGCUUCACCACCGAAGGCGAAUGCGGCGGCGAGGUCUCCCGGCGGCCCCGCAACCAUUAUCCUCGCAACCGUGGCGACUUCGCUGCUCGCCUUCUAUUACGUCUGA